GCUGCGUCCUUUUUUCUGGUUAUUCUGGCUUGGCGUCGUCGUAAACAGACUAAGUUGGGAUUUAACUCCAAAAACUUAACAGCUGGUUUGUAUGUAAUGCAGCUAUCAAUGUUAUGCCCGAGCAAAGGGGCCGGGGGACUACGGGUAGGGUGGGGACUUUGAUCAGUCAAAAACAAAUAUUUGUUCGAAUGUGGGGUCAAACUUCCCAACCCUUGGGAUAAGAUUUCAUUCAAAGUUCCCCAUCUCAGAGUAAGGUUUUGAGUUCAAAGUUACCCACUAGAGCGGAAAAAUCAAUCCGAAUGAGGUAAAGAAUAUGUGCUUGCAUCAUACACAUGGCGAGCUCUCCUCUAAUUAAAUAAGUUUACUAUACUCAUAAAACCUCCAAAACAAGCUUCAAUUUGAUUUUGUUUUCUUUAAUAACUUGAACUCGGGUGAUGAAUUCACAAACCUGAAAAUAUUACCACUCUGUACAAGCGUUCCAGAUUUUCAAAGAAUCGAGACUGAUUUCAUUUCAAUUUCGACAGUGUCAAAGUUGAUCUUGGUUCUUGUCUUGAAGUUAUUAUUGUUCCUCUUGCUGCAGAUUGAUGUGAAAGUAUUUGUUUAUAAUCACAUCAAUAAAGAGGAACGAUGGUUGUUAAAGGAACCAAUUUAAGAAGAAGGAAAGCACGAUCCCGUGCCUCCCCCCUUCCCCCCACCCCCCAUCGGGCAUAACAUUGAUAGCUAUAUAAGACCACCCUUUGUUGGUUCAGAUGUUUGUUUAAAGACCUGGUAUAUACGAUCGUUUUUCAUUCGCUCUUUCUUGCCUUUCAUAACCAAUCUACUGAGGUCCCACGGCGGAUAAUUAAAAAAAAUCGUUUUCUGAUCACUCAAUCGAGUGAUCGGCGAUGGACGGUGUCGCAAUUUUCAGAUAUGAGCGGUGAGUUUAAAAGCGCUGAUAUCAGCUAUCAACGAGUAAAGGGGAUCUCACAGCAAACGUCCUGGCCCCAGGCUCAGAUGUUGGAUUGCACAAUCGCCGGAAUCCAGUGGAUAAAUCAGCACUAUCCACCUUUUGAGAAACUGGGGCCGAGGCUAGAGAUUUGCCUGUCUGCUCAGGGUUGGGUAAUAGACUGCUAAACCCGGGGCAAGGGGCGCACAUUCUUAUUUUUCCUAAAAAAGUCUUGAAUACAGGUUGAACAGGGUACAAUUUCACACUUUGAUGUUUUGGAUAGGGCGUUUUUGUAGUCCAGAAACCUCGAGCAGGGUGUGAACGUUGGCGCCGCUCGGUCUCCAUGCGUUAAUUUCUUUAAAACAACCUAAUACUUUGAUGACAAAUACUUUAUUCAAUGUGCCAAAUAAAAUGAAGCAGGGUCAUGAGACGGUAGGGCUCAAAGACUUCGUCGGCACACCUGCUUAGUUUCCUUAGUUGACUUCCUUAAUUUUUAUUUAUUACCUGCGUCAGAGAGCGAAGGCUAUUUGCUCCAAUCGAUUUUAAUGCAAAACCGUUUUUAACUCCACAACUGGUUUAGACCAUUUGGGAUUAAUAAGGUGGACACUUUGGAAAAAGGGUUGUAGAGAAAAUAUUGCUUUGGAGUUUUUUUUUUUCUCGUUUCUAGCUGGGGUCGCCAAAGGGUUAACAAUUAAACUCAGUAUUGGUGAGGCUUCCGAGAUUUAACCGUGGGGACGUACACCUACUUGGCCAUCAACCAAAUAUCUUUUUUUUUCAUUUAAGGAAAUAAGGCGGGAACAAUAAUCUGCCCCGACGCUCCUCUUGGUAAAUGUACAAUGGGUGCUAACUGCUUGUACAAGCACUGUCCAUUGCCUUACUGUUGGCAGUUUCGAGAGUCAGCCACCGACGCCUGGACAAACCUAAGUCCUAAAACUAAUGUUGGCAUUGAAAAGUGUUAUUGUGACGUGGAAAAACUGGAGGUGCGACUUGUUCUUGUCAUGCCAGGGUAAGAUGUUGUCUGUUGAGGAAUACGGUCAGAGUAAAUGGUUAGCACAUAUGAGGGCAAGCGCGUUUCUUGGAUGUUUUGCUUGGCCCAUCUUGUCCUUUGAGCUUAUAAUAACCGUAAAUGUCGAUUUUUUUGAACCGUUUUCAAUUGACUUAAUUUCACAAGAAACUUAAUUUGCACUUUCUUUUAAAUCAAAGCCAGGGAAAAGUUAAUGCUACAAUAAACUUUGAAAACAUGACUAUGCAGUGCGAAUCUGCCACGGUUUCACUCCGCCGGCUGUCCACACCGUCUUACAUCCACGCGCCUGGUAAAAGAUUGGCCACGAAGUGGAUUUGGUACUGGAAAGACGAUAAUGGAUGGGAAGAAUACGAUGGAAAAGUAAGUUCUUUCGAAAGUUUUUCAAUAUCUAUUGUCGGUAGGAAACUGGCAGCUUAAAUGACAUGGUUGCUAUUUAAUGAAGUGUGAAGUAGCAACCUUAUUCCACUUCUUAUCAGCCCUCUUAGUUUUCAGGUCUGGGGGUGCAAGGGGAGAGUAACGUGAACGUUACCCACUUAACUUGUCAGGUGGGUCACGUGACUUGCCAGAAUUGAUCUUAACAUUUUUCUUCCCAGUUUAUUUCUCCUUGUCAUGAGGAGGCAGCACCCUUUCUGCUUUAGGGACUGGUCAAAAAGUAUAGGUGGGGGUGGGCCGGAGCAGAGAGGGGGUGGGUCAUGAGGUUUUGAGCCUUGUGCAAGGGGUGGGUCGAGAAAUUUUCAGCUACUCUUAGGGGGUGGGUCACCCUAUUUUUUACUAACUACUAACGAGACAGUUGACUACACUUGUUAUAUAAAACACAGCCAGCUGGAAUUAUUGCUAAAAUACCCACAAAUCUGCUGUGCGAGAAAAUACAAAGGUUGACAGGCCGCACAUCUAUACGGUCGUGGAACCCUCUGAUAACCUUUUUUUUCGGCUCUAACGAGCAUGUUCUUUAACAAUUUUCCUUUUUUUUUAAGGAAAUGAUUGGUGGUUCUUUAAAAAUUUAUUGAAGUUAUAGUUAGUUUUGUAUAAGAUUCCAUUUUUUCAUUCAAGCUUUCUUUAUAGUAGACACUGAGGGCUGGUAUUGGGUCACGAAUGACAAUAUUUCUUUUUCCUCCUUGUUGUUUUGUUUUAGGAGUUUAGACUUCCUUUUGUCUUUUAUUUCUGAUAGUAGGUUUUCUAUCAAAGAUAGGGGGCACACAACGAGAAUAUAGUUCAAAACCACUUAAACAUAGCAUUGUUAAACGUAUCUUAGUAUUUAAACAGUAGAUAUAGGCGUACUUUUAUACCCAAAAAAUAUUUCGUCUGUUCGGAUCUCCUAGCUGAAAGUCUAGUGAUACGAAAAUUAUAGGGAUCAAAACUUACCUUUUCGAAAAUUUCAACCAGAAAAAACGUGACACAGGUGAAAUGUGUGCGCAAGAAGCUUUCCGUUUGUUUAAAAUGUAUCUUUGCAUCAAGGAUAGAUUUUUCCUUGAAUCUUGUGCCUUUGUAUACAACCGUGUCUAAAAACGCAGUCUCAGUGUCAAAUGUUUUGGCCGUGAAUUCAAUAGUUGGGUGAUGUAAGCUUGCUUGUUCAAUGAAGGCUUCGAUGUCUGGUUUACUCAUGUCCCAUAGGGAAAAGAUAUCGUGUAUGUGGCAUUUCCAAACUGUUGUUCUAAAGACAGUUUUGCUUAGAAUUGUUGUUUCAAUAUAUGUCAUGAAAAUAUUGGCAAAGGAAUCAAAACUGCUGUUUUUGUGCCCAUUGCAGUUCCAUGGUCUUGUAAGUAGUGCUUUCCACUGAAGUGGAAGAAAUUUGAUUUGAGGAUUAAUCUAAGCAUUUGCGGCAAGUAAUGUGUAGGAAUGGGUUGUCUUUGUUGAAAUUUUCAUAUGCUUUGUGACAGAUAAUUUCAAUAUACCCUCGUUUUGCUGUAUAUUUGUGCCAAGACUCAUAACGUCCAUUGAAACAAGAAAUGUUGGGUUUUUGACAUUCGUCUUUUCAGUGAAAGGUAUAAUUUCUGUGAUUUUGAUGUUGGUUGUAGCAGCGUAUCAACAAAUUUUGUCAAGUACAGAACAAGGUUUUAUUGGAUUAUUAAGAGGAAACCGAACGUCCAUGUUUUAACUAGGGGGUGGGUCAUGCAAUUUCCAACCUUGCUUUAGGGGUGGGUCCCUAUACUUUUUGACCAGUCCCUUAAAAAGCAUGUUUGCUAUCUUUUAAGCUCUAGGAUUAAACUGGCAUUAAAUUGACAGCAACUAUUUCCUAACAUUUUGGGUUCAUUAUCACGAAUCAAUUGUAAUAUUCUCCAUUGUUUUCGAUAUAAAGUUUGAUUGACAUUUUUCAAGGAAAAGGUGGAUCUAUUAUGGUGGCUAUUUGAAAUCGUCAUCGGUGUGGCCAAAAAAUAGUUAUAAUAGCAAGAACAGCUAAACGGUUUAAUUCCACUUGAUGUUUUACACAAGACUUUGGAUAGUGCUGAUACUUAUACGUUAAUUCACUAAUUUAAAUUUUUUAAAAAUAUUCUUGAAAGCAGGAUAAAGGAGAGAAAACCGCUGACGCGAGAUUUUCUUUCUGUCUGCCUUUCGUGUCAAGAAUUACACUUAGGUCUGGACGCAAAAUUAUUUUUAAUAUUACAACACAAAUUUCGUGCUGUGCUUUUAGAUCUCACGUGAGAUGACACAAGAAAAUAUAGAGGCUGACUAUCUUAACGAAGAGCGACUUUACUUCUUCCACAUAAACGGACGCAAAUACAUGAUAACAUUCUAUGAGAAGUCGAUGCGUCAAAGGAAUAUGGAUCCCAGCUACUGGACCGAGAGAAGCGUCAGAAGAAGACCACAGUUUGUUGCUGAGUCAGAGCUUCAUUCCCGUACAAGGUCAGGUUCCGUAACGCAACCCCUAAUUUGUGUUGCGUGUUCUUUGCCUUAUUGGGUGUCCUGUGCAAUUAAUAAGGGAGGUUAUUUUGAGAUUGCAUUUUCGUCGUCAUCGACACACAUUUGCCUCACUUUGAAGUGCUUGCUUACGUUUUGUCUCACUUUGACGCGCUAACUCACCUGGUGUUUCAUUUGUCCUCGGCGUUCAUCUUUCAAAGGUUUCCUGAGCCUGAUAUUCUGUCUUCGUGAAGCGUACAUCUUUUAAAAAGUUUGCUGAAUCUUCUUAAAGCGUACAUCGAUCUGUGUUUGCUGAAUCUUCCAAAGCGUUCAUCUUUCAGAAGUUUGCUGUUAAAUUUUACUAUAGAUUAAGCCUUCGUGUUUUUCAGCAUGAUUCGUCACUGUCUUUGGAAAAUGUGUGCGAUUCCUGGUGCAUGCAUCAAACCGGGUUUAGUUCGGCUACCUUUGUGUCACAAAGUAAAUCUACUGAGUUGUGUAGCUUGGCAGCCGUUGUCAGGCCACAGAGUAAAUUUACCGAGUUCUGCGAGUUGUGUAGCUCGGCGACCGUUGUGUCAGAAAGUAAAUCUUAACCGAGUUGUGUACCUCGGCAACCGUUGUGCCACAAGGUCAAUCUACCGAGAUGUGAAGUUCGGCGGCGCCAUUUGAUCAUGACUUGUGAUAUUUUCGGCACCAGACAAACAAACACUUUAACUGUAUGUUUUUAAUAUGAGGAAAAACUUAUAAACCAGCCCACAGUAUAGCGCCACUCUCGAGUCACUGAAAUCAAAACGCCCGACCAAAUUACUGGAAAAGUUUUUGACGUGAGCCGCACACACAUUCCACUAAAGGCUUUGACAGGGUUAGUGCGAAAUUUGAAUUCAGAUGUGAAAGCUUUUAAAAAAGUAAAUUCAGUUUAAUUCAUUUUGUCAACAAGUUGAUGAUUGGAUGCUCUUAAUAAAAAAUAGAGAAAGUUAUCCGAAGAAAUGUUUUUGAAGAAAAAAAAAGAAUCCCGGGUUAAGCGCUGAUCGGCCUUUGAACAACUGCGCCCUGUAAUCGCGGCCAGUAAAACAAAAGUUAAAAUGUUCUAUUUACGCGCCCGACGCACUCUGGCCACUGUUCCCUCCGAUUACAAGCACUUGACACCGAACCAUACGAUAUCUUUUCAAAAUCUUCUUAUAAUGAUACACAGUUUAAAUAGAGGUUUCGUUGUACGCAACCCUUACGUUCAAAAUAUGCCAUAAUCAUAUUUAUCUACUGAGCAAGAACCAUCCAAUCUUCCCCUUCAACUGUUACCCGCCUUUACGCCUAACAAACAUAUCGAACGCACUCUCCUAAGCUCCGAUUACCCCUAAUUGAUUUCCAUUUCCAUUUUUAAAUCCAUGGGCCGGAAGGGGAUGGGUAACUUCGUUAGUUAAGCUCUGCUAGUAUGUGCUGCGAAAUUGGCAUGGGCACUAAUUAAACUGCAGUGUAUGGCUAGGUUACGUGGUACAAUAGCUGGAGAGCAAAGAAUGCAUUGGAAUAGCACAAACCAGGAGAUUACAUUAUUCAGUGUAGGAAAUUAACGAUGCACUUUAUUGACGCAAUUUUUGUUUAAAUCUCGUUAAUUUAAUGCAUCUUAAUUUACGUCGAUGUUAAUUUAAAUCACACUGUUCUACAUCAUUGUUGUUUUACAGCACCUUUUCAAUAACGAAACCUCGUCUGCUAAUAGUUCCUCUAUCAACGCCUCAGAGUCACUAUUUGAAGUCUUCCCUCCGAGGCACAAGAAAAUGCCAGGAUCCAAGGGAGCGUUCCCUCUCUAGAUCCAAUUACGGAGAAGUAACAUGAUAACAAUGAGAUAACAAUGACUGGAAAUGCUGCUGUUUUUUCCUUUAGAUAUGUAUGUUGAGAAGUUUGUAAUAGAGCAAAUUCGCGUAAAAUAAUUAAUCAAUUAAGUUAGGCGCACAUCGUUUUCGAAAAUUUCGCGUUAAUGCAGUGAUGUAUAAACCAAACGUUUGGAAAAUUCGCGUUAAUUUUGUGUAACGUAAAUUUUCUUCACAUUGUCAACGUGCAUCGUGAAUUUCCUAUCACAUGGUAUAUCAUUUAAAUUGAGAAUUUCGAUUUACAAUGAUGCCUGAGCUGUCUGUUUCUCUCAUUCCACGAACCCUUAAGAACGUCUGCGUGGGAGGCUAGCUGACGGUACGGCUGCAAAUGGGUCAUUGAAAAUUGAUGAUUUUUUUAUUUUACCUCCAUAUUUUCACCAAAUUAAAUAGUCCAGAACAUAUUGAUUGUUGGAAGAGUGACAGAUACAGUCAACUUCUUUCUCAACGGAUAUCUCGCUAUGACAUCUAGACUGCCUGCCUUUCUUUACUCCGUUAGUUGACUCUCAUAUAAAGGCGCACAUCUCGAUGACACGGGCACCUAGAACUGGUCCCUGCCUUUGUUUAGUCGUUUAAGGUGACUAUCUAUGAGACGGACAUGUCGCCAAAAAGGACACGUAGAGUUUGCCCCUGCCUUUCUUUACUCCUUUUAAUUGCCUCUAAAAGACAGACAUCUCGUUUUCAAAAGAAACGGUUGACUGAAUACACGCAGUUUUUAUGGCACCAGUGUAGCCAACUCCCAGUUCGUGUUUUUCGAUGUCCAAAACUGGCCACCCUAUAAAAGACUGACGCUUGAUACAAUUAAGGCAAACAAAGUAAUAACCUUGCGGUUUUUUUUUUCUUCCAUUUUGCAGUUUUUUCAGCCUAUUCAACUCAUUUCCCAGGGUCUCUAACAUCGUUCAAGCCAUAAGCAGACGUCUCAUGGGUCAUGACAAUACCUUCAAACGAAUCCCCCUGUCAGCAGACAGUGAAGAGUUCAAAAAGGUGGAAACGCUGUUUCAUAAAACAAUCCUAAAACGCAAGGCAAAGAUAACUGUGAUCGAGAAAAUAAAAAAUGCUUUCUUAAAUGAGAGAUACAAAAGGUAUAGUAAAUGUAUGAACAAGACUUAAAUUCUGUAUUCUUAAGGAACGUGAAAACGGAUGCAACAUUGUUGGCCAACAACUCCAAACAUUGUUGGAUCAAAAAUGUUACAUAUUGCGUCCGUUUGCACACCCUGUUGAAUGUUGUUGCGUGUUGUUGGGAGUUGUUGCGCAAAGUUUGAAUCCCCCGUUCAAACUUUUAACCCCGUGUAAAGGGACGCAACAUUGUUGGGAGUUGUUGCGUCCGUUUUCACGUACAAUUGUAGCUUUAAUUGUACGGGUUGGGUCUUUUACCGUACGGACUAUUGUCAAGGUCAAUUCACAAUUAUUAAUUCGGUCAAGAGUGAGCUGAAAUAAGAGCCAGCUAUCCUCACUCAUCAUUUUUUUAGCAUUACAAACUCUGAAAAAAAAAAUAGAAAGAGAUUUUCUGAAAGAGAAAACAAAGCAUGACCAUUUUUCUUAAUUUUUCGAUGACACAAAAGUUGAGCUUGAAAAUGGUGGCCCAAUUCUUUUUAUAACAAAUAAACAAGUUGUGAAAGGUUUGAACCCAGGAAUCAUUUCAUAAGUUAAGGUUGAGUAUGAUCGUCCGGGUGAACGUGGUCCUGAAUAGGACUGUUGUUGUUGACAGCGACUGACGUUUCUACAACCUGUGCGGUAGUCACCUUCAGAGCCAAAGUGAGUUGAAUCACGUCAGUUGACGGCAUUAAACUUUGGUUUUUUGACCUGAUUGGUAAAUUGAGUCGCGAUGUUAUUAGUCGUCUGUCAGUUAAGCCGUGAUGUUAUUCUCUAUGAAGACUCGUAAUGCCAUUGGUGCGUUUAGAUCCGUCUCUUGUCACAGUUUUAAAAACAGUCGUUUAUUGUAAGCCAAAUCGUUAGUUGUCCAGUCGUUCUUGUCAAAGUUAGUUUUGCUUGAUUCCGUUAAUAAGUCGUUUGUACGGUGCUGGGAGCUGUUUAUUACGAUUCAGUGGCGUUUGUUCUAAGUUAGCAAACCAGCUUUCUAAAUUGAGUCGUUGAUAGUACUCUGUAGAAUACGUAAUACAUGUCGAAGAGUUUGACUCUGUGACAUAUCUGACGAUCAUACUCAAUCAUACUCAACCUACUUAUAAAAUAAACAACUUGCAAUCCACUUCCAUCGUGUGGUCCUUGAAAGCUAUAUUAAAAAAGGCACUUUCUUACCAGUUUAUUUCAGUUUUUCCUUAGCCAAAACGUUUAUUCUUCAGUUUUUCGGCCUUGAAAUUCUCCCUUGAGUACCAGACAAGGAAUCCACUAAAGAAGAUUUUUUAAAUCCGGUACUGUCUUUUGCCGUCUGGAUUCGUUUUGCUGCUAGACGCUGAUGCAUAACAUGCAAGAAUACGAAAUAAAAACCGUUUGAACGCGUUUCCUGAGGCACUUUGAAUCCGGAAUCUUAAUGUCGGCAUACUUCAUCCGAAAGACCCCUUCCUGGAUUAACUAAUGCGUGCGAAUCCGAAUAUCAAAAUGCAAUAAAUCUUGAAACAUUUCUGAAUUGGGAAAUUAAAGUCAAUAUGUAAAAUAAUGUAUAUGUAGAGCCCUUAGUCUUAGUCUCCAAAAACCCACCGUUUAUUCCGCAAUUUCAUUAAAUCAAUUUAACUGUAAUGAGUUCAUUCCAUUUAUGAGUUGUAUACGGUGGAUGUAUUUUCAGGAAGAGAGACCAAAUCAAGAAUAUACUUAAAGUCUCCGACAACGAUAAUGUGGAGAGGCUCCUUUUCCACGGCACCAGUUCAGAUGUCAUUGACGCCAUCUGCAAGCACAAUUUUGACCACAGGUGUCACGGCAAAAACGGCACAAAAUACGGUAAAGGAAGCUACUUUGCUGUCAAAGCCUCAUAUAGUAACAACUACUGCAGUGGACAGACAAGAUUUAUGUUCCUUGCUCGAGUGUUAACCGGAGAGUUUAAGCAAGGAGAUGAAUCACUCCAUCGACCUCCUUUAAAAGACCCUCGCAAUCCUGCUAGUGAUCUCUAUGAUUCAUGCGUUGAUAAUGAAUCAAGUCCAUCGAUUUUUGUCAUUUUUAAUGACGAACAGUGUUAUCCUGCCUAUCUCAUAACAUAUGACAUUAUUUAA